GCCCUUUCAAAACUUAAAACCCUAGGAUCGCCUCGAGUCUGAAAUCGUCUCUUCAAACGGUUACUUCCAUGGCUUCGGACUCUGAUCCAAGCAUCAACAGCAACGAUUCAUCAUCUUAUUUUCAACAAACAGUUUGUUUGCAAGAUUGGUGGUUGAUCAAGUCCAAGAAGGGCUUCGAAGGGAAACGACUAGCGGUUGCGGGGUUGUCCUCAAAGGAGCAACGAGCUGUGCGAGUGUUUUCAUCUGCACCAAUUAUCAAGAGAUAUGAUGUAUUCACUCUUGAGACUGCUGAUGGAAUAACUGUCAUUAUCAAGGGCUUCAUAAACAAGUUACGUACAAAUGAAAAUGGGUUUCCCUCUGAGGUGUUCAAUCAUUUCUUGUUUGGUUUUCCUCCUCACUGGGAGGAAUAUGCUGAAAAGUGCUUUGAGGGAGGCUCUACCAGUGGGUUUGUUCCAAGAAGUAACCCUGGCGUUGUUUCAAUAAGUAUCCAUGACCUAGACAAGUUAAUGAUGGACUCAGAAAAAGAAACAAACCAGUGCAAGAAGGCCAUUAAUGAAGCAAGACAUGAAAACAGUGAAGAUGUUGUGGAAAUGAAGCGUAAAAAUAAUGAGCGGAGUUCUCCAUUUGAAGCCUGUGAGAACCAAGAUGAAGGGAAUUUGAACAGAAGCUCAUUGACUGCAAGUGCUCAAUCUGGGAAAAAAAUGUACAUCUCGGAGGAUAUUCCCUGUCAAUCAGAGGGCCAAGUAUCAAAAUGUCAGUCAAGGAAGUCAAACAGAAAAUGGCAGGAAGGACAAAAGGCUGAAAUUGGGUUGAAAACUAAAAGAAAAAGCUUCAUUUCCGUUCCAGUGGGUUUUGAUCAUGUAAACAACACUAUAGGAAAUAUUAGCCAUGAAAUAGGAGGAGAAAGUAUCUCGAAUUUGUCUGAUGUUGGACCUCAAGAGCAUCAUAAUAUAACAGUGGAAAAACUAGAUGAUGAGUGUUUAAAAGAUGGUUCUCAGCAGAAUUCUGAGUUCCCUCCUGCUUAUACUAAUGCAAAAUGCAAACAAAACCAUGAAAACAUUAUGAUUCAAGCCAAAAUACAGAGUAAGAACACAAAUGAAUCAGUCAGACCUUCCACUAGGCCUGGUCAGGCAAACCAAAAAAUCAACCUGAAAACCCCAGUUGGGGAGAGAGCAAGCAGUUCUGGAAAGAAGACUAAGAGGAAAUUAGAUUACAAUAUACAGGUAACACAUCCUAGCAUCAAAGAGAGAACAGAAGUGUCAAUUGUUUCUCCAGAAUUAUUGAGUUUGAAACGAUCCAGAUCAGGAAGACUACUUUUACCUUCCCUAGAUUUCUGGCGCAACCAAAAGGCAGUUUAUGAUGCGGUUCGUGAUAUCUUCCUGCCUCAUACAUGGAUCGGAGAAUUACUGGAAUUCAGGAAGUCCUGCAUGUGGUAGAACCAUCUAGAGGGAGUAGAUCUGAGCCUCAGGGAAAGCAGAGGCCACUCAAAUGAACUCUGGGGCUUCUCCCAUUCCGCUGUUGAAAUAGAGUAAUCUCAUAAAGGUAAAUUCACAAAUUUAAAGCAAUUUCUGGAUCAAAUUGUUAAUAAGAUGGCUGAAGAUCCAGAAAAUGUGGUCUGCUUGGGUAUUAAAAGUCCUGUUUAAGAAAAGCUACCUCAACAUGCAAUGUAUUCUGGAAUUCAUUUUCCCUGUUCUUUCAAGGAAAUGAGUGAACCUCCAGUUGUAAGGCAUUUCUGCUAGACACUUCUUCAUGGCUUUCUGCUGGAGGGUCAUUCAACACUACAAUUGACGUAUGAUGCCACCAGACAGUUGAGAUUUUGGAGGUAUUGUAGCUUCGAAGAUACUAUAGAAUUUUCCUCUUUGGAGCUAUAUUCUACUGGCUGAAUUGUACAAGUUUCUCAACAAGGCACAAGGAGAUGCAUCUGUAUGAUCUGUAAAAUGGGAAAUUAUGAACAGAAAGGGAAGACUAGGCUAUUUAGAAUCUGCUGGAAUGAUUUUGUUUAUGUCCAUUGGCUUGUAAUUUGUGUGUUCUUAAUAAUGACCAACAUGCAAUAGGGACUGUAUUUGUUCUUCCUCAUCAUUUCUUUCUUAACUCUUUUCCAUCUAUUCUCCACAGGUUACAUCAUUGUGUCAGCAUAUGCCUCCAAAAUGUAAAAGCAACGGAUUCAAAGUCUGGGUUUGCUUCUGUGUAUUUGUAAUGUAAAUGUCAAUCCUUUAUCCGAAUUUUGUUUAAAGUGGUUGUAGAAAAAAGAGCGUAAAAUUAGCUAAUGGAUGCUCUUCAAUCUUUGCUACAGCUUUCAGUCCCAAUGCCUUUUGACAAAUUGUGGCAUGAACAACGCUUCUAUUUUAUGUUGCCCUUGUAUAGCUGUGAGAAUUGCGUGUUGGUUUAUUUC